UGAAACCCUAAGUCGGGUCGAAAAGUGCAUCUAGGGUUUUCUCGUUCCGAUUUCCCCCAAAUCAGUUGUUGAGUUGGAGACGACGAUGGAGCCUGAACACGACGUGAUGGAGGCUCCCGCGGACGCUACUUUUUCAUUUUUGGGAAAGCGCAAGGCGGAGACCCAAGGCCUGGAUGAAUCCGGUAGCAGCGGAGAAGGCGAGAUCGAGAAAGGAGGCUCUUCAUCUGCCGAAAUCACGGAGGCGUCUGGAUCUUCUUCUCCUACGGAAGCCAUGGCGGAGGACUCUUCAGAGGACGAUUCCAAGGAAUGGGAAUGGGGGUACGACAGCUUCGAGGGCCUCGAAUACGAAUCCCCUAGGGAUAACGGGUUUUCCGACGACGAGUCUUAUCAGAAAUUCCGCAGAUAUAUGAAGCAGUAUUAUACGUACAAGGGAUUUUACAUUGACCCAAAAAACAUUCAACCGUGCCAAGUGGGAGGAAUCGGAGCUUACAGUGAUAAACAUCUGGACAAUCAGUACGUAGCACCGGGCAAAACCAAGCGUCAGCAAGUAGAAGAAUUGGCCAAGGAGGCUUUGCAGAAAUACAACCAGAUUAAUGGAACCAAUGUGACAUUUGAGAAAUUGGUGAGGGUGAACAUAUCGUGGUCCACUAUAACUAGAGUAUACAUCACUCUCUUGGUCAAGGAGAAUCCCGAUAAACCCGAUGAACCUUCAGUGGAGUACCAAGCGAAGGUUCAAAAGAGGAUUAGAGAAAAGUAUCAACCUAUCUUUUGCAGGCCAGCCCCCUUCCAAGUGAAAAGAACUGCGGACUGAUGUUGCGGUGCCAUCAGGCGAGGCGGAGUUCACGACAGUCGUAUGUUUCUAUUCUUUCACGUGUUUAAGCUGCGUAUGUAGUUUUGGACUUGGACAUCUGCAUGCGCAUAUGCGUUUGGUAUGUCUUUAUUAGGGAACGAAAAUGUCUUGAAUGCACUGGUAUUUGUAUGACGGAUUUAUUGAGGACACUCCAUUGUGUCUUUUAUAUUAG